GCGUCUCGCGCGGGAAAACCGUUCAUUGGUUAAAGCUUAAAAUUUACUGGAGGAGCUGCGGGCUCUUGUUGCCCAGAGUCCUAACUUAUUUACAAAAUAUCGUCUGAGAGAGUACUCAAAACUCGAGAACUUCGAAAGGAGAAAAACAUCGUCUUUUUGGACACAUUUAAUUUUUUUUUUAGCUUACUCGGCGUCCUCCCUAGCUAAUUAAACCGUUGGAAGUGACUCGGCUAACUACGGUUGGACGCAAGAAAGAAGGAAGGGGACAAAAUGGCGUCUGGGAAAAUGCGCCUGAGAGGAAACAAGGAGGAAACCGCUGAGUGGACCGGAUUAUUCAUCAAUGACUUAAAAACCAAACAAGAGUCUCUGGUCUUUGUCAAGAGGAUGAUGGCCAUCGCAGUCUCUUCCGUCACCUACCUGAGAGGGAUUUUUCCAGAGUGCGCCUACAGAUCCAGGUAUCUUGAAGAUUUGUGCAUCAAGGUGUUGCGUGAGAACAGCAACAACCCUGGCGCCAACAAAGUUGUGAAAUGGAUGAUGGGCUGUUUUGAUGCAUUAGAGAAACAGUAUCUCCAGAUUAUAUGCAUUGGGGUUUACACUGAUCCAGAGGACCGAAAUUGCAUCAUCGAGUCGUACCAGUUCAACUUCAGAUACACUGAAAAGGGACCAGAAAUGGACAUAGUCAGGAACAAGGCGAUGGGGAUGCAGGUGGGACUGGAGGACACCAAGAGAGCCUCUGUGCUGCUCAUCAGGAAGCUCUUCCUGCUUCUGCAGAACCUGGACGCCCUCCCGAGCAACGUCUACCUCACCAUGAAACUCUACUACUACGAUGACAUUACCCCUGCAGAUUAUCAACCACCAGGCUUCAAGGAGGGGGUGCAGGACCGGCUGUGGUUUCAAGGGGUUCCAGUGCACUUCAAAGUGGGCCAAGUGCACACAUCCUACCACUCCCUGAGGGUCCGGGUGUCUGUGGAGCAAGGCCAGGUGAAAAAAUUGCAGGAAGGAAACUAUCUGAAGGAACCUGGGCGGAUUUCCCCAAGGAAAGAGGCGAUCAAGAGAAAAGACAACCAAGAUCUUCCUUCUGAGGACGAGUCUGCACAGUUCAAGAAACCCAGAAGGCCACUGACUAAGAAGAAAGCUGCUCCGAAAUCUAUGGCGAGGAAGAAGAGGAGAAAUUAGGCCAGGAGACCAGCACAGCGUUACCAGUUUAUUAGUGUGAUAUUUACAAACAUUGUUCAGAUUACAGUCUGCUGCAUAUGAAGGAAACAAACAGUAAGGCCAAUUUAAUUUAUAUGAAUUUUUUUUAAAGGCAGUUUAUUACAUAGAAGUUAGUAAUGUGUUUAUUUUCUUCUGAUUAGAGUUGGUAAAAAAAAAACAGACUUGAUUGUAAAGAAUUUCUGUUUCAUUGUACGAGUCUGUAAAAUGUAUUAUUUAUUCAGCUGGUGCUGCAAACGUGUAAAUCUUGAAGAUGGAUAUAAAACGACAUGAUUCUCAUCAA